UAUUCCGGUUCUGACCGUUAGGGGGCAGCAAACCAACCGUUACAACGGCCGCCAAUCGAAAAAUGACCAGAAACCAACGAAGAAGAACGACUUCCGUGUUGUUAGCUUAGCUCUUCUUAGCUUAGCAAAUUCCACUCACUGUGCGGUAAUUUGAUUCCUAAAAUGCGAGUUUUCUCGGGUUUGGUUAGGACCUUUUCAAGCCGAUAAGUACUUUUUUUAUUUUCUUUUUUUUUUCUCUACUUAGAUAAACAAAUUCAUGUUCAAAUUGAGGAAAAAUGUCGAAAACAACGAAUAAAUUCCCGACAGAACAGCAGCAGCCUCCGUUAUUUAAGCGUUAGUGAGUCGGUGUGUUCGUUAGAGGAAGAUGGGGAAAAGGAAAGACAUGAUUCACUCCAGGUUUCUGAGUGAGGGCGGCGCCGGCCUGCACAACGUCCACAAGCGGAAACACAAAAAACACAAGAAGCACAAGAGGAAGCACCACGGCUUCGGCGAGGAGCCCGAACCGCCGCCGCCACCGAUCCCAGUCGUCCGGCCGCCGCCGCCACAGCUCCGCCUGAAGAUCAAACUGGGCGGGCAGACGCUGGGAACCAAGAGCGUCCCCACCUUCACGGUGCACCCCGGCGUGGCGUGCCCGCCGACCCCGCUGAUGAUCAUCGACAACCACGUGGACGACGACGACGAUGACGAGGAGGACGAUGACGACGAAGAGCCCUCGGUGCCUCUGGAGCAGUACCGGGCCUGGCUGGAUGAGGACAGCAACCUGGCGGCGUCCCCGAUGCCGGACAUGGACUCCGACUCCAUGCUGGGGGCGCCCGUGGACGAGGAGGAGAGGUGGCUGGACGCUCUGGAGAAGGGAGAGCUGGACGACAACGGAGAGCUGAAGAAAGAAGUGGAUGAAUCCCUGCUGACCGCCAGACAGAAAGCCCUCCUGCACAAGCAGCAGAGCCAGCCGCUGCUGGAGCUGCCGAUGGGCUACAAGGAGAAGGAGAUGACGGCGGAGAUGAUGCAGAAGCGGGAGGAGCGCGCCCGGAAACGGCGAGCGCAGGCCGCCAAGAAGGCCGAGGAGAACAAGAACCAAACCAUCGAGAGGCUGACCAAAACCAGCAAGGCCAAGAUCCGCAGCCUGAGGGAGCGGAAGGCCAAGCAGAGCCAGACUCCCACCGUCCGCUACAGCGACUCCAUCAGAGGCAUCUGCGUCUCCUUCCCCGCCGCCGUCCCGCCGCCCGCCGCGGCGACGCCCCGCCCGCCGCCGCCGCCGCCGCCGCGCUGCGCCGUGAUUGGCUGCAGCAACCCCCGGAGGUACAGCUGCGCCCGCACCGGCGCGCCGCUCUGCAGCCUGCAGUGCUACCGCAGGAACCUGCUGCAGGCCGCCGCCUGA